AUGAGGAACUUUACGUUCCCGAUAAAUAACUACGGAAAUUUCAACCGCAGCAUCUCGCCCAUCACGCUGGACGCCGAAUGGCCGACUCUCAGUCGGCUCCUGUUUCUCUUAAUCAGCUCUAUAGCGGGCACCUUUCUUAAUGGCUUUUUUAUCUCAUCCUUCUUUAUAGAGCAUUCCUUAAAACGGCUGGGUAAUGUGUACCACGCUUGUGUCGGGAUCUGUGAUCUGUUGAUCACGUCAGCCGUGAUGCCGGCUGCAGGAGUGGUACUUCUGUCUGGUGAAUGGGAUCUACUGGAAGUCUGCAAGGGCAUGGAGUUCGUCACCAUCGCUGCGACUUACUGCCACAGUGUGUUCUUUGCUUUUGUGACGGCCGAGACGUACGUGCGCGUGGUCCACGGGCCCCGAUGUUACGACGCGUUCCUACAAAUGGGUAUCGGUCUGGUCGCCAUUCUCAUCUACCUGUUCGGCUUCCUUCUCGCUGCCGUCGGCGUCUACAGCGGAUUCGAUUACGAUUACUGCGAGCGACGUCACCACGGCAACCUAUACUUCCGCGUCAUCACCUCCCUCUCGGUCCAUGGCGUGACCUGUGUACUUACCAUCUACUUCUUGAUAGCCUCCGCCAUUAACAUCCGAUGCCUCUCCCGCUUGCAAGCUCAGUACAAGAGAUCCCAACAGUACGACCGCGACUUCAACAUGAUCCAUUUGAACAUGGCCGCUUACGUCCUCUACAUGACGUGUUGGAUCCCGUACAUCGUGACGGUCUACAAGUACCCCGACGCUUACGAUGGUCUCUACUACCACUCGGCUUGGAUUGGCGCAUACCGCUCUAUGAUCAACGGUUUAUUAUACAGUGCUAUGAACGCGAACUUCCGUCAGGCGUUUUCCCAGCUUUUCGUUUACUGCUGCUGCAAGAACAGCCUCUCUGCCCCAUUCCGAAGCCGCCACCGACGCAAUCUUGAUUACUCUACGCCAUCUGGUGAAGUCAGGGUCCAUGUCAUGCACAAGGCCAUUGCCCCUAGCAGCCCCUCACGACCUGGCACCUCUCGCGACACUCAGGAAUUAUGAGUAUUUACCUACACUUGCCAGUAUGUCAUGGGCUUUCUUAAGCACUAGAGCGUAUUUCACUAUCCCGAUCCUCA